AUGACGACCGCGCACCGACCGACGUGGGCGCCGGCGAAGGGAAAGGAACACCAAGGCGGCGCGCGCCUGUUCGGACCGAGCGCCAAGCACAGCAAACUCGACGCGAAUGGAUUCAUGACGCUGAAGACGAGACACGAAUCGCAAUCGGGCGCGGACGCGCUGCUCGCGCGGGAUUUGCGCGCUGAGCUCGAGGAAAAGGAACGACGGGCGAAAGGAAAGGGCGCGAUCGCGGGCGCGGACGUGAAGGAGACGAUCGCGGCGCUGGGGAGCGGGGCGAGCGAUGAUGGUGGACGGUUUCGAACGCGAGCGGAGGACGCGGACGACGACGCGAGCGCGAGCGGGAGCGACGACGAGAGCGAUUCGGGGAGCGAUGAUGAGAGCGAUGACGACGACACGGCCGCACUCUUGGCCGAGCUCGAGCGCAUCAAGAGCGAACGCGCGGAAGAAGCGCGUUUGAAAGCCGAGGCCGAGGCGUCGGAGGCUUUCGAGCGACAAAAAGACGAAUUAGCGACGGGGAACCCGUUAUUGGACCUCGCGACUGGCGGCGCCGGCGCGAGCGCGGGCGGCGACUUUAGGACGAAACGGCGCUGGGACGACGACGUCGUGUUCCGCAACCAAGCGCGCGACGAGCCCAAGGUUGGGAAGCGUUUCAUCAACGACACCAUUCGAAGCGAUUUCCACAAGAGGUUUUUGAACAAGUACAUCAAGUAG